UUUAGUUUAAGUUCAAUAACACGUGGGGUUGAAAAUCUGCAUUUAAGAUUAUAUGUCUUAACCAACUGAACUAUGCUCAAGUCGAUCAUCGACCUUUAUAUUGACCUGAAGAUUUUGUUUAGAAGCUCAAACGGCUGCAUGAGUUGACAAAUCAAACUGCAAUUUCAGUAUGGAUAUGGCUGGAGUACAAUUUCAGAGACCAGCGGAUGAAAGAAUUAGAAGGGGAGUUGCUAUCAGUAGAAAGCUUACUCUUUUUGAAUGAUGAGCAUCUGUCUCCUACAACUCGUCUUCUUCAUUGGCCACUGAACUUUCAUGCAUGAAUCACCGUUUAAAGAGUUUGCAGAAGAGAACUGGGUUUCUAGAGAGAGAGAGAGAGAGAAGAAAUGGAGAAGAAGAACAUAAGCAUGGUGGAAUCCAAGCUUCCUCCUGGUUUCAGGUUCCAUCCAAGAGACGAAGAAUUGGUGUGUGAUUAUCUGAUCAACAAAAUUGGGUCUGUUCCUCAUUCUUCUUCUUCUCUCUUCAUUGAAGUUGACCUCAACAAGUGUGAGCCCUGGGAUAUUCCAAGGGAGGCGUGCGUGGGGGGAAAGGAGUGGUACUUCUUCAGCCAGCGGGACCGGAAGUACGCGACUGGGCUUAGAACAAACCGCGCCACAGCCUCAGGGUAUUGGAAGGCCACUGGCAAGGAUAGGCCCAUCUUUCACAAGGCCAAUCAACUUGUUGGCAUGAGAAAAACCCUUGUUUUCUACCAAGGAAGGGCCCCUAAAGGCCGAAAAACUGAGUGGGUUAUGCAUGAAUUUCGUCUUGAAGGCCCCCUUUCUCCUCUCAAAGACUCAUCUCCAAAGGAGGACUGGGUUCUGUGCAGACUGUUCUUCAAACACAAGGAAGUUACCACUCAACCGAGCACGGGAAGCAGCAGCUGCUACAACGACGUCGCUGCCUCGUCAUCUCUCCCGGGUUUAAUGGAUUCUUACAUCAGUUUUGAUCAAAAUCCAAGCAGUCAUCUAAAUGAGUAUGAGCAAGUGCCCUGCUUCUCCAUUUUCUCUCAAAACCAAACCACCCCACCUCUCUCAAACCUCAUUCAAAUGGAGCCAAACCCAGCUAAGAACAUCAAGAACUUUACCACCGUGUUUGGAGGAAUGCCAAAUUCAAGCACUUGUUCUUCAAAUAUAGACCCGUUUGGCUGUGACUCAAAAGUUCUCAAAGUUGUUUUAAAUAACAUUACUAAGAUGGAAACAAAUGGCAAUUCAUUCAUUGGGCAACCCAGCAUGGGAGAAGGCAGCUCUGAUAGCUUCUUAUCUGAGGUUGGAGAUGACAUAGCCAGCUUAUGGAACAGAUGACUCGGGAGGAAAAUGGAGAAA